UACUUCGAAGUAUAUUGAUAUACAAACCUUCUAUUACUGUAUACAAGGUAGUUAUCAUACUAUUAUGACCGUCAGCCUUAGCAUACUUCUUGAGCCACUCAAUGAAUGUGGGACAAGCAGCCAAGGCCUGCAGCAAUGUAUUCAAAAAACAGGUUCUUCCUAAAUUCUGUAAGCCCGCGAUCUGCCCCCGGCGCUUCCGCACCCGGGGCGCUCCUCCGGGACCCCAUAACACAAAGGCUCCGACCACAACAGCCGCAGUUAACCCAGCAGCCACUAAGAUCCUGUCCCCACUUUCCAUUCUUUGUAAGGGAAGUUAAAACAACGGGACGUUAACCGUUUUAAAGCUUAAAAAAGUUCACUACUGUAUUUACAUUUCUCUGUUAUUGUGUAAUAUUAGAAAAAAUAAUCCAAUUUUAGAAAUAUUUGGAUUUUUUUCCACAAAAAAUGACAUUUUUAAUUGACAGUUGAUAAAGUGACAUUAAUGACAAUGAAAAUGACAAAUUUGACAGCAAAAUGUAGUGCGCGCACUGCUGCCGUAAGGUAUAUACAUGGGUGGCUAUAAUACAUGGGUGCCCAUUCUGACAUGAUUCUCUAAACUUAAAACUUAAUUUAACAUUAGUCUCUCCUUUUUAUUAUGUAUAGGGAAUGUCAAGGAUACACUGUUGUCAAAUUUAAAAUUUAGGUUUAGAUAUUCAUGCCAGAGUCGACACCAAAAAUGGGCUUACACGAAUGGCUGCAUGGAUAACGGAAAGUUCAACAGCAAGAAACGCGGUGUGUGCGCUAGGCCUACUCUAGUUAAAACGUUUAAAUAGCUUUUGACACUGACAGAUUAUGACAGUUAUUCCUUUUGGGCCAAAAGCCAAACCACAAAAUCUUAAAAGUUGCUCGGGAAAACAAACAACAUUUUCUUUGUAUAACGUAACAUUGUUACCAUUGUACAAUAAUAACAUACCUAUAUUGUAGAUUAAUAUAGUAAUAUUCCGAUUAAUCUAAACCGAAAAAUGAUAAAAUUAUAGUAAAGUUAUUAUUAUGAACCUACAUAACCAAUUUACAGUUGUUAUGGCAUAAGUCUGAAGAAGUAGCAAUAUAGUGUUAUUUCCCGCAAUGAUUCCUGCAAAUACUAUAUGUGUAUCCCAGGAGGGACCUGCAAAUGCUUUGGCACUAAAUAAAGACUGCACACAAGUUGUAAUAGCUGGAAGAAAUGUUUUCAAGGUGUUUUCCUUAGGUGAAACUGAAUUCUCUGAAGUAUGUAAUCUAAGGGUUGGAAAGAACUUGAAUUUAAAUUUUUCUUCAAUUGACGUUGCAUGGAGCACUAUAGAAGAAAAUACUUUGGCCACUGCUGCAACCAAUGGUGCAGUAGUAGUGUGGAACCUUGGACGCUCUGGACGUUCCAAGCAGGAACAUGUCUUUUCUGACCACAAGAGGACAGUAAACAAGGUGAGCUUCCACCUGACAGACCCAUCCCUGCUCAUCUCGGGCUCGCAGGAUGGCAUGAUGAAGUGUUUUGACCUCCGCAUGAAGGAGGUAGCCCGGACGUUCAUCAGCAACACAGAAUCAAUCCGGGACGUGCAGUUCAGUCCGCACCAGGCGCACGUAUUCGCUGCCGUGUCGGAGAACGGCAGCGCGCAGCUGUGGGACGUGCGCCGGCACGAACGUUGCCUGCAGCAGUUCACAGCGCACUCUGGGCCAGUGUUCGCCUGCGACUGGCACCCCGAGAUGCCUUGGCUGGCAACCGCUUCAAGAGACAAGACUAUUAAGGUAUGGGACAUCCACGCGAAGCCUAACCUGGAGCACACCAUCUACACAAUCGCAUCCGUGGGACACGUCAAGUGGCGCCCUCAGAAGACACACCAGGUGGCGUCGUGCGCGCUGGUGCUGGACAACGCGGUGCACGUGUGGGACGUGCGCCGCCCGCACGUGCCCCUCGCUACCUUCGCGGAGCACCGGGACGUCACCACCGCCAUAGCCUGGCUGGGCACGCCGCACAGCUUCCUGUCCACCAGCAGGGACUGCAGCCUGUACCGGCACCGGUUCCGGUCGGCGGCGCACCCGGUGCUGUGGGCCAACCCCCACGCGCUCAGCAUCUCCCCGCGCGGGGACGUGGCCCACGCCGCCCCCGAGCGACCGCUGCCCGCCCUGCCCACCGCGCCGCCCCGCCCCGACCCCGCCCUGCCAGCGUCGACCGCCCCGCCCGCCCUGGGACGGAAACAACCAACAGCCGGGUCUCUAAGCGCCUCUUCGCAAGCGGCACUGGAACGUGCCUUCCCCGGGGGAGCUUCAUCCGUACUCACACGGUACAAGAUGAAGCUGGAGCCUAUAGAGCACAGCGACGGUGAGAGGGAGACAGAAUACAUGGGGCAGGGGGAGAGAGUGAGAGAAACUUACGUGGAUAAGCGGGCCAUAGCUUUAGUGGGGUGCGCGAAAGAGUACAGGAUAAAGGGCGCGCCGCCUCACGAAUUGGCGGAACACAACGCUAAAGUAGCCACCUCAUACAAUAGACAUAUGGUGGCGCACGUGUGGGCGGUCCUGAAGCUGUGGAGCGCGGCGCGACAACGGCCGCCCGCCCCGCGCCGGCCCCCGCCCGCCCAGCAGGCGCCCCGCCCGGCCCCGCCCCCGCCCUACAGCAGCAACAGUUGCGUGGAAGAGGAGCCUCUGGAAGAGGAGGAGGAAUGGGCGGAGACUCAGUUCCAAUACAGCGGAGUGCUGGGCGUUCCUACCCGCACUAUAUACAUCCCCCCGCCCAAACUGCGCGCGCUACACGAGGCCGGCUGGGUAUCGGCGGCGAGCGCGCACUACGUAGACGAAGAAGCAAUGGAUUGGACACUACCGGAAGAGGCGUUCCCCCUCCGCACCGCGCCCCCGCCCCCGGGGCCCGACCCCGCGCCGGGGCCCGACUCCGGCCCCGGCCCCGGCCCCGGCCCCGGCCCCGCCCCCACGCCCGCCCCGCCGAGGACGCCGCCCGCGCCUGAACCAGGUCCGGGUCCAGGGCCCGGGGCGCCCGGGGCGGGCGGGGGCAGCUCGCCCGGGGCGUCGUCGUCGCCGGGCGGGUCUACUUCAUCCGGCGCGGAUAGAGUCUACACGCACCAAGCUUCACACAACUCGGCGGAGGAGGGUGAGGCUGGGUUGUCAGUACGGGCGGGGGGCGGGGAAUGUUCCAGAGCCGCCCCCGACAUCGCCCCGCUCAUAGCCGCCGCCCUAAAGUCGCAUGUGGAGCUCGGCGACGUGCAGACCGCGGCCACUGCUAUGUUAGCGCUGCAGGACCACAGAAACGACUUGUUACCGUACAUCGACGAGAGUCUGCAAGAGCAGUGGCUGCUGGGCUACAUCGAGAUUCUGCAGCGACACAAGCUGUGGAACCAGGCCACUGAGGUGAUCCGUAACGCGUGGCUGAGCAGCGUUUGGUCGAUAUCGCAGCAGUCCACCAGCGUGGCGCAGUGCUGCGGCAGAUGCGGGCGAAGGACCCGGCCCCACGCGCCCUGCGACCGGUGUCUGCCGCGACAGCUGCCCGAGGUGUGCGCCGUGUGCCACCAGGUUGUCCGCGGUCUAUACGCGUGGUGCCAGGGGUGCUCCCACGGGGGACAUUUGCUGCACAUGCGGGACUGGAUGCAGCAGCACCCACUGUGCCCCGCGGGCUGCGGACACCAGUGCCAGCUGGGCUGACCUCGGCCGAUCCCCAUCACCAGCUACGUAUCACCACUCCUUAGGUAGCAGCGAUUCUCUUGAGCAAAACCACGCACAAAACUUGAGCAGUACAUCAUCAUCAGCCUAUUAAUGUCCCCACUGC